AUGACUGACAUUGUGCGCACUACGCCCGAUGGAUACCAGGAGAUCAGAACGGGACUGGGAUGGCGUAGGGUUUUGUCUCCUAAGAGUACCGAGGCAACAACAGAACUUCCCGUGAUUGACAUAGGGGACACUGUUCACCCUGACCUGGAGUGCCGCAGGGCCGUUGCAAAGAAGAUCUGUGCUGCUGCUGAGAGAACCGGUUUCUUCUACAUACGGAACCAUGGGGUUCCCGAUGCAUUGAUUGAAUCUAUCUUUGAUGAGGCCAAACGCUUCUGCCACGAAUUGACUCUCGAGGAGAAGAUGGAACUCGAUACAGAGAAACAUGACCAUUACUACGGCUAUUAUCCCAUCAAGCUCAACCCAGAUCAGCCUUCAGGAGCGAAACUGAAUGAGAGCAUCAACUAUGGCUACGAGCCAUCCACAGAUCCUGAAGCCGCGGACGAUACCAACAAUGGCGACAACUGGUGGCCUCCCGAAGAGCGUCUGCCAGGCCAUCAACGCAACGUGAAGUUGUUCAUGUCGGAAGUGUUGCAACUGGCCAGACGCUUAAUGAGAAUGUUUGCCUUGGGUCUGGAUCUAGACGAACAUGCAUUCGACUAUCUUGCGACUCGGCCGUAUUCGAUCCUGAAGCUGGCACAUUAUCCCGGCACGAUUGAUGGGUCAGAGGAGCCUUCCGCAAUUCGGCCUCACACAGACUACGAGAUCCUCACGCUCCUGUUGCAGGACCACAUCCCCUCCCUCGAAGUAUUGUCAAACACUGGCCAGUGGAUCCAGGCCACACCGAUCCCUGGGACCUUCGUAGUAAACAUCGGGGACACCAUGGCGAUGCUGACCAACGGGCUGUUCGUAUCGACAAUGCAUCGAGUGCUGAACACCUCACGACGCACCCGUUACUCGGUGCCGUUUUUCCUGGGCGCAAACCAAGAAGCAGUAAUCAAGGCGCUCGAUAAAUACGUGACUCCAGAGAAUCCCGCCAAAUUCCAGCCCAUGACGUCGGGAGAGUACAUUCGCCGUGGGCUGCAGGCGGUGUAUUCAAAGCCAAACACUGAGAUUGUCCACGAAACCAUCGAGAUUAAGGCCCACUGGUAA